AGGCCCAAGUGGGGCCUGCGUUCCCCCAAAGGUCGACAGUGACACUGGCGGGCCGGGGCAGGGGCAGCUGCGAGGAUUUGCGCCGCCUCUGCAGCCCUCCACCGGCCCCCGGGCGCGGAGAGCGGUGCGGAGCAGCGCCGGCAGCCGUCGGAGCGCAGAGCUGCAGCGGCCGCGCCAGGCAGCCUCCGCGUCCCCACCUGCGUGGUCUGGGCAGCAGCAGGCACCCCCGCUCCCGCUUGAAGCCCUUCGCUUGUGCCCCGGCGCUCCGGACUGACCAGGCCUGGUCCCAGGGACGACCCCCCGGGUAACACGCAGUCGGUUCCCUGCAGCUCAGGCCAGGCCCUCUCCGGGCGUCCUGCGGCGAUGGGAAGUCCUGUCCCGGCCAGGGGGAGACCCGCUGCGUGAACGCCAGGUGCAACCAGAGGGCUCUUCUCCGUUGCUCAGAAGUCACUGGUUCCGUCUCUGGAGACGGUGACUGAGACUUGCCUCCCGCCGGGAGCUGCCCUGGACGUUGGGGACCGAUCGGGUCUCAGCUGUCCAGGCAGCUGGGGAACCAGGGAAGAGAGAGAUAAUCAAGCCACAGAACUCCCCCAAAGAGCAUUCAUCUGGAGACGCGCCGUAAAGACACAAACGGGGCAGGAUAGCAGAGGGUGCCAGGGGCGGUGCGCCAGCCCGGGCGCUCGAGACGCGAACGCUCCGACCCUCAGAAAAAAGCGACAGCAAAGCGGCAGGGUCAACUUUAUACUUAUUUUAUUGCAGUAAAAGAACCUUUUCCUCCAUCUCAAACCGCCCGUGGCGGGGGGAGAGGGGGUUGCCAAUCUUCAUCGGAUCCCCCCCACCGCGCCCCCCACCCCCAGUCGAUUCAGUCUUCGGAGCUCCUUCCACUGCUCAGGGGCUGGACCCCUGAGGCGACGUCCAGGGACCAGGCCGUCUCCCUCCGGCGGGGGCGCGAACCUGGCAGAGCUGGGGCCCCGAGGCCCCGGGAGACAGCGCGCCCCGCGGAGCCCGGAGGGGGCGGGGCCUCGGGGCGGGCUCUGCUCAGUGGGGCGGGGCCGGGCCGCCCCGUCUGCGCCACUACUGGCCGCGGGCCCCGGACUGGCGGCUGAACGUCACGGGCUGGGCCCACCCCCUUGGCAAUGUCUUCAGCCUGCUGCACUCCUAACUUAAGCAUUUAUUCCACUGGGAUAGAAGCGGCAGGAGCAGCGUUGGCACCGGCGAACCAUGGCUGGGAUUUUCUAUUUCGUCCUCUUUUCGUUUCUCUUUGGGAUUUGCGACGCUGUCACCGGUUCCAGGGUGUACCCCGCGAAUGAAGUUACCUUAUUGGAUUCCAGGUCUGUUCAGGGAGAACUUGGGUGGAUAGCGAGCCCUCUGGAAGGAGGGUGGGAGGAAGUGAGUAUAAUGGAUGAAAAAAAUACACCAAUCCGAACCUACCAAGUGUGCAAUGUGAUGGAACCCAGUCAGAAUAACUGGCUACGAACUGAUUGGAUCACCCGAGAAGGGGCUCAGAGGGUGUACAUUGAGAUCAAGUUCACCUUGAGAGACUGCAACAGUCUUCCGGGUGUCAUGGGGACUUGCAAGGAGACGUUUAACCUGUACUACUAUGAAUCGGACAAUGACAAAGAGCGUUUCAUCCGAGAGAGCCAGUUUGCCAAGAUUGACACCAUUGCGGCCGACGAGAGCUUCACCCAAGUGGACAUUGGUGACAGAAUCAUGAAGCUGAACACUGAGAUCCGGGAUGUAGGGCCACUGAGCAAAAAGGGGUUUUACCUGGCUUUUCAGGAUGUGGGGGCCUGCAUUGCCCUGGUGUCGGUCCGCGUGUUCUAUAAGAAGUGUCCACUCACCGUUCGCAACCUGGCCCAAUUUCCAGACACCAUCACAGGGGCUGAUACGUCUUCCCUGGUGGAAGUUCGAGGCUCCUGUGUCAACAACUCAGAAGAAAAGGAUGUGCCAAAAAUGUACUGUGGGGCAGAUGGUGAGUGGCUGGUACCCAUUGGCAACUGCCUAUGCAAUGCUGGGCAUGAAGAGUGGAAUGGAGAAUGCCAAGCCUGCAAAAUUGGCUAUUACAAGGCCCUCUCCACGGAUGCCACCUGUGCCAAGUGCCCGCCCCACAGCUACUCUGUCUGGGAAGGAGCCACAUCGUGCACCUGUGACCGAGGCUUUUUCAGAGCCGACAACGACGCGGCCUCUAUGCCCUGCACCCGCCCACCAUCCGCUCCCCUCAACUUGAUCUCAAACGUCAAUGAGACAUCCGUGAACUUGGAAUGGAGCAGCCCUCAGAACACGGGUGGUCGCCAGGACAUCUCCUACAAUGUGGUGUGCAAGAGAUGUGGGGCUGGUGAUUCCAGCAAGUGCCGACCCUGUGGAAGUGGGGUCCACUAUACCCCCCAGCAGAACGGCCUGAAGACCACCAAAGUUUCCAUCACUGACCUCCUGGCUCACACCAAUUACACAUUCGAAAUCUGGGCCGUGAAUGGGGUGUCCAAGUAUAACCCCAGCCCGGACCAGUCGGUGUCUGUCACCGUGACAACCAACCAAGCAGCACCAUCGUCCAUUGCUUUGGUCCAGGCUAAAGAAGUUACAAGGUACAGUGUUGCUCUGGCUUGGCUGGAACCAGAUAGACCCAACGGGGUGAUCUUGGAGUAUGAAGUCAAGUAUUACGAGAAGGAUCAGAAUGAGCGAAGCUACCGGAUCGUCCGGACGGCUGCCAGAAACACGGAUAUCAAAGGCCUGAAUCCUCUGACUUCCUACGUGUUCCAUGUGCGAGCCAGGACAGCAGCCGGCUAUGGAGACUUCAGUGAGCCCCUAGAGGUCACGACCAACACAGUGCCCUCCCGGAUCAUCGGAGAUGGGGCUAACUCCACAGUCCUCCUGGUCUCCGUCUCAGGCAGUGUGGUGCUGGUGGUCAUUCUCAUUGCGGCUUUUGUCAUCAGCAGGAGACGGAGUAAAUACAGUAAAGCUAAACAAGAAGCAGAUGAAGAGAAACAUUUGAAUCAAGGUGUUAGAACUUACGUGGACCCCUUUACCUAUGAAGAUCCCAACCAAGCAGUUCGAGAAUUUGCCAAAGAAAUCGACGCAUCCUGCAUUAAGAUUGAAAAAGUCAUAGGAGUUGGUGAAUUUGGUGAAGUAUGCAGUGGGCGUCUCAAAGUGCCUGGCAAGAGAGAGAUCUGUGUGGCCAUCAAGACCCUGAAAGCUGGUUAUACAGAUAAACAGAGGAGAGACUUCCUGAGUGAGGCCAGCAUCAUGGGACAGUUUGACCACCCGAAUAUAAUUCACUUGGAAGGCGUUGUCACCAAAUGUAAACCAGUAAUGAUCAUAACAGAGUACAUGGAGAAUGGCUCCUUGGAUGCAUUCCUCAGGAAGAAUGAUGGCAGAUUUACUGUCAUUCAGCUGGUGGGCAUGCUUCGUGGCAUUGGGUCCGGGAUGAAGUAUUUAUCGGAUAUGAGCUACGUGCAUCGAGAUCUGGCUGCCCGGAAUAUUCUGGUAAAUAGCAACUUGGUCUGCAAAGUGUCUGAUUUUGGCAUGUCCCGAGUACUUGAGGAUGAUCCGGAAGCAGCUUACACCACCAGGGGUGGCAAGAUUCCUAUCCGGUGGACCGCGCCAGAAGCAAUUGCCUAUCGUAAAUUCACAUCGGCGAGUGAUGUAUGGAGCUAUGGAAUCGUGAUGUGGGAAGUUAUGUCCUAUGGAGAGAGACCCUACUGGGAUAUGUCCAAUCAAGACGUGAUUAAAGCCAUCGAGGAAGGCUACCGGCUACCUCCUCCAAUGGACUGCCCCAUUGCACUCCAUCAACUGAUGCUAGACUGCUGGCAGAAGGAGAGAAGUGAUAGGCCGAAAUUUGGGCAGAUUGUCAACAUGUUGGACAAACUCAUCCGCAACCCCAACAGCUUGAAGAGGACGGGGACCGAGAGCUCCAGACCUAACACCGCCUUGUUGGAUCCGAGCUCUCCCGAAUUCUCCGCCGUGGUAUCCGUUGGCGACUGGCUCCAGGCCAUUAAAAUGGACCGGUAUAAGGAUAACUUCACGGCUGCCGGCUAUACCACACUAGAGGCUGUAGUACACAUGAACCAGGAGGAGUAGAUUCUGCUAUCUUGGCCUCACAGCCCUUCCUGUCUAUCACAAAGCCCACAGAAGAAAACAGAACACACCCUCCUCAGUCCCUUCGAGAUGUGUUUCUUCUGCUUCCCCUCUGCCAGUUCUGGAGCAAAGACCCUGAUGAAACAACACCCGUACCUGAAAAGAACAAAUGGCUGACGUUCCGAUCUCCUCUCCCAGUGAAAGAGACAGCAAACGUGCGAGGCUCAGCACCUGUUCUCCCGUUGCACUGAGGAACGGACUGCCUCGCAGCACCAACUCCGCAGAGCCCUUGUUGCUAAACUCCUUGUGGUGUUAUUUAUAUGUAUUUCCGUAUCUCAUUCCUGUGCGUCACUGCUGCAUUGGUGCGGCAGCAAGUGACCCAAGGCUACAGGUCUUACGACGGACACCAGGUUGGGUGCCACUACGCAAAACAAAGCCAGUUCCCAUGAGCUGCCUAUGAUAUGCAUUGCUGAAGUCACAUUUUACCCAGGGUGUGCCAUUGCAGUGAUAUAAAUAUAUUUUU